AUGGCUCUCCUCCAUUUCAUGAGGAACGCAUGCUUGACUGUUCUUGUCAUGUGGGUGAAAUGGAUGCCUUCUGAUGCUCACAACUGCAAAUCUCGGGAGUCCGGCGGCAUGGGAGGGAAGUAUGAUGACAACCCAAUGCUUCAUAGGUAUGAGCAAUGGUUGAUGCGGCACAACCGUAGUUACCAUGACCACAAUGAGUGGGAGGUACGCUUUGGGAUUUAUCAAUCUAAUCUUCAAUUUAUCAACUACAUCAAUUCACAGAACUAUUCCUUCAAGCUCAUUGAUAACAAAUUCACUGACCUGACCAAUGAGGAGUUCAAAGCUAUCUACUUGCGACUGAAGACUUGCCAUCAGCAAGAAAACAAGGAAAGUUCCAGAAAUAAGAACCCUACAAAUUUACCCAGCAGUGUGGACUGGAGAAAAGAAGGUGCCGUCACCCCAGUCAAAGAUCAGGGCAGAUGUGGAAGUUGUUGGGCCUUCUCUGCAGUAGCAGCUGUGGAAGGCAUUAACAUGAUUCAGACUGGGGAGUUAGUAUCUCUAUCAGAACAGGAGCUCAUUGAUUGUGAUGUUAACAAUGGAAACCAGGGUUGCAAUGGGGGAUACAUGAGUGGUGCUUUUGAAUAUAUCAAAAAGAAUGGUGGGCUUUCCACUGAAGAUGAAUAUCCUUAUAAGGGAGCUGAUGGUACCUGUAAUACGAGUACUGGUUCUGCAAACCGUGUGGCAGCAAUCAGGGGCUAUGAAAAUGUUACAGCUAGUGAGGAUAGUUUACAAGCUGCUGUUGCUAAGCAACCUGUAGCAGUUGCAGUUGAUGCUGGUGGAUUUGCAUUUCAGUUCUAUUCAGGAGGGGUCUUUUCUGGCCAUUGUGGGAUCAACCUCAACCAUGCAAUGACAGCAGUUGGGUAUGGAGAAGAGGAUUCCCAGAAAUAUUGGGUAGUGAAGAACUCUUGGGGUACUGAUUGGGGUGAAGAAGGUUAUAUAAGGAUGAAGCGUGAUGUAGAUGAUAUAGAAGGCCUUUGUGGUAUUUCCAUGCUAGCUAGUUACCCUGUUAAGGACUCUCCUUGA